UUUUUUCUUCUUCUUGCAGUUCAAUCAAGUCUUGAAGUGUAUGAUAUAUUAUUAUUAGCCAAUUAGCUAAUUAAGGGUUCCGCGAGUAACCUUCAAAUGGAUAAUCCUACUGAAAUGAGUUUCUCAAUGUGUGAUAGUUUUGUAAUUCUGAGUUCUGACCAUACAAUAUGAUAUAUUAUGCCGAUGAUGCAAGGUAACAUCUUGAUUUCACCAAACUCUCUGGGUUUUGCACAAUGGAUGACACUUCUUCUCAGGUUUCAGAUAGGAUCAGCACAUGGAAGAUUCAUUCUUCCUCCUAAAGAUUUUUCAAACACACAGUUUAGAGGGCUUAAGGUUGUGUUAGCCGAUGAUGAUGACGUAAACAGAACCUUGACUAAGAAGCUGCUUGAGAAGCUGGGUUGUCAAGUAACUGCUGUUUCAUCAGGUCUUGAAUGUCUAGGUGUCAAGAUUAUCCUGUUGGAUCUUCACAUGCCUGAAAUGGAUGGUUUUGAAGUUGCAAGAAGGAUAAGGAAGUUCCAGAGCAGAAACUGGCCCUUGAUUAUUGCGCAAACAGCAAGUGCAGAAGAACACAUAAAGGAAAGAUGCCUGCAGGUGGGGACGAAUGGAUUGAUUCGAAAACCUGAAGUUGCUACGUGCAGGUGAAAAAUUGUGAACAAUGUCAACCAAGCAUCUCCAAUUUUUUAGGUUCUUCAAAAUUUACUUCUUAUUCUGACAUAGAACCUGGAAUUUCUAACAUAUAUACUAGGUUCAUUUUGCUAACAAUUUUUCUUUUUGAUCUUUUAGCCGGACACUGAAUUGUGGGUUUCUACCAGGUGUAUGGUACUUCUUCCCAGCACUUAACAGAUGAAAUACAAGAUUCUAAA